CAAACAUUAUCUCAUCAAUACUUCUUUAGAAUUAAGAACGAUAAUUUGUUUGAUUCAACAGUUUAUAAUGAAAAGAGAACCUUUAAUGCAAAGAAAGAACUAAACGAAUGUACUCAGUCAAAGUAUUGCCUUAGAAAUAUUAAUAACUUUCUUAUCUUAUCUUCUCCAAAUAUUAUCGUGUUCAAAUGAGUUCACUUCACAUCAGUCGGUAUUGGAAUUCGGACAACAUAAGAGCUUAAAUAUGACUGAUUUAAUUACGACGAGGGUUCAAUAUGCUGUCGUUAUCGGGAUUUCUAUUAUCAUGUUAUGGAAGUUGCUUAAGAAACGACCAACAAAAAAUAUUCCUAAAAAGUGGAAAAAAGUUGGAGAGCUUUCUGAUUUAAUGUGCUUUCCAAUAAAAUCCGGUGGAGUCGUCCGUUCUGAUGAAUUCGAUUGUAUUAAUAUUGGUUUGCAAAAAAAUUAUAUUCGUGACCGCACAUUUAUGGUUGUGAAUAGCAGUGGUGAAUUUAUAACAGCUCGAGCCCAUCCAAAACUUGUUCAAGUAGCACCAUACGUUGAUAAUGACUAUAGUGUAAUGAUUCUUUCGGCACCUGACAUGAGUAACAUUAACAUUGAUGUCGCUCAACUUUCUACCCUGAAACCAAAGAAAGCUGUGGUUUGGGGAGAAGCUGUUGAUGCUAUUGAUGCUGGCGAUGAUGCUGCGCGUUGGUUUUCACAAUUCAUCCUUGGUAAAGAAAGUGGUCUUCGUCUUGUAUUUUAUCCUGCUUCAUAUCCAACACGAGACGUUCGUGAGAAGAAUAAAGUUUUUAAAUCAGCGGUUCCUGCAGAUACUGGUGCAUUGCAUGAUGCAACGAGCUUCAUGUUAAUAAAUGAAAGUUCUAUUGAAGAACUAAAUUCAAGAGUAGAAAAGUAUGUCACGCCACUUCAAUUUCGUCCAAAUUUUGUUGUCAAAGAAGUCAAACCAUAUGAAGAAGACAGUUGGAAAUGGAUAAAAAUAGGAGAGGAAGCUGUUUUCGAAAACGUUAAACCAUGUACCAGAUGUAUUUUCACAAAUAUUGAUCCUAUUACUGCUGAAAGAAAUUCCAAUGAAGAACCUUUAAAAACUUUGAAAACAUAUCGUAAAUUUGAAAACUGUGGAGAUAGCCCAGUCAUGGGCAUUCAUCUUGGAUUAAGGAGAAAAGGUGUUAUCAGAUUAAACGACCCCAUUUAUAUUGAAGAAAACUAACUUUUCCAAUCUGAAUAAACAUAGUCAAACAUAGAAAGCAACAGGUUGGUUUAUUUUUUAACCAUAGAUAAAUAAACUUUCAAAACAUGUAAAUUGUUCAGAAUAACAUUUAACUUUCAAAUGAUGAAAAUAAACUCUUGUGGAAAAAGGAAAAACAUCAAGUAAAUCGUUAGAAAUGAACGGAAGAAGACUUCAUUCAUAAUUUAACAGCUUUCAUCUAAUAAAAUAUUUAAUUCGCAU